GAUCUUGGCCUUCAUACAAUACACGCAGUGAUUCAGAUUGAGAAUUUGAUCCCUAUGUAAAUGAACCAUUCAUCAUAGGUCCACUUAUCAAACGUCUCCUACACACAUAUGGACCACAUAUGUUAUUUUUCUAUCUUCUAAAACAAUUCUAAUAACUGGGUCCUAUUGAUCUUCCAGUGACCUGUAAAAUCUGUCUUCAGAUUGCUGAAAUUUGACCUCAGAUUGCUGAAAUUUGACCAGAUGUUUCUGAACUCCUUGAUCUGACUUUGAAAUCCUGAGUGCUGAAAUAAGCAGGAUUAAAUAUUGAGAGUCAAAUAGUUUCAUACUGGAUGUAGGUUUGAGCUGACCCAUUGAACUGGGUCAGGAGAAAACAUUUCUCAGUUAAAAAAUUAAGUAUGAACUAAAGUCUGAUCCCGUAAAGCCCAUACCAAGGUUUGCUGGAAUGUCAUACAUGUUUGUUUGGGAUUAUCCCCAGUAGCCUUAACAUCAUUUCUUAACAUGAGGACUGAUGAAAAUAUUUCACAGAGUUACUGGAGAUAGUGUUAGAGUGGCUUCAGGGAUGUUUUCUCGCAAAAUUCUAUGGAAUUUGUGUGCUAACCAUUACAGUUCACAUUACAAUUCACAUUUAAAAUAAGGAGCAGGAAAGCAGCACUUUCAGCGGAACAGUAUGGGUGCAAAUGAAGGAAUGUGAACAUUGUAGAUCUCAUCAUGGCUGGGCUGUCUGUAACAAGAUCAGAUGGUUAGAAAUCCUCACAAGAAAGCCUGUGACCUGUACAGACAGCAUGACUCAUGGAUAUUACGCAAGCAUGCAAUUAGGCUCUCCCAUUGAUCAAUGUCAGUCCAGAGACAGUGAGCACACACACUCCCUCCCCUCCCAUCACAUGCAAGCUCGCAUUAUGCACUUGGGCCCACGGUGUAAGCAGCUGAAUUGCUUAAUUAUGUCAGAUUGUCUCCUCGGCGUCUGCGCUGUAAGGUCCCGAUGCAUGCACGCUGCUGUGAGGACUACAUCAUCAGUUAUAUUGGUCCCCGCAUGAGUCAGUCGGAACACAGGGAAACCUGAGGCUGUUUAUGAUGCUUGGCGCAGCGAUUCCUUGAACCAUUUCGUCAUCACAUUGGACCAGACUGGUGCAGGCAGAUUUUCUCGGUGGCACAUGCGGAUAUUUUUCUUUCGUGCUGGUGAGGUUGGGCCGGUAAAAGUGAGCAAACAGGUGACUUGCUACAUUUUUGCUACAUUUUGUCCAGUCAAGAGGCCGCAGUAUCCAUCAACAUGGCAGACUUAUCACUGACUGAGUUUGAGCAUUUUCGGCCCCAGGCAGAGCGUAAGCACCAUAUGCGCAACGGUAUACCCAGUCCCUGCCACAGUGCCCACAACCUCCUCCUCCGCACCUCGCUCCAGAAGCGCACCCUGGAAAAGAAGGCCAAGAAGGUCCGCUUCUACCGCAAUGGCGACCGCUUCUUCAAGGGGAUCGUCUAUGCUGUCUCACCGGAGCGCUUUCGCACGUUUGAGUCGCUCCUGGCCGACCUGACCCGGACGCUGUCGGACAAGUCGCAUCUGCCACAGGGGGUCAGGCAGAUCCUGAGCAUCGAUGGCUCCCACAAGAUCAUGAGCCUGGACCAGCUGGAGGCAGGCGAGAGCUACGUCUGCUCCUCCAUCGAGGUCUUCAAGAAGAUUGACUACCUCAAGAACAGCGAUCCCAGCUGGCGUGUGGGCAUCGUGGCCAAGAAGGAGAAGGAGGCAGCAGCAGGGGGUGGGGGCCGGGAGAGCAGCACCCCCAUGCCCCGUACCACUGAGGGACUGAUCGAGGACAACCGGGAAUUCAUCAAGCCUAAGCUGGUCACCAUCAUCAAGAGUGGGGCCAAGCCACGUAAAGCAGUCAGGAUCCUGCUGAACAAGAAAACGGCCCACUCCUUUGAUCAGGUGCUGACAGACAUCACCGACGCUAUCAAGUUGGACUCGGGAGCCGUGAGGAAGCUCUACACACUAGAUGGACGACAGAUCGCUGGACUUCAAGAUUUCUUCAAAGAUGAUGAUGUCUUCAUUGCUUAUGGCCAGGAACGGUAUUCUCAUGAUGACUUUGACAUUGCUGCAGAGGAGUGUAAGAUUGUCUCUCCAUACCGCAACACAAAGCCCAAACAGCGCGUCAUGAUGAAGAGCCCUGGUACGCCUCGUCGCGCUUCCUCCCCACGACUAGCUGCCCGCCCUGAGGUUCCUUUUUACCCAUCAUCAGCCUCCCCUAAGCCUUCCACUGCCAUGCAGCUCAAGCCAGUCAUCCCAACAAAGCCUGUAUCCCAAAGUGGCGUGAGACCUUCCUCUAUGGUGUCAUCCAAGUCCAAGGGUAGCAGACGAGGCUCAGGUACUUCAACGAGCACCACAGGGACAGGACAAGAGCCUGACCUAUCACCCCAUGAAGAUGGAGUCGAUGACGGAGAGGGCGCCCUGUAUCAGAAAUAUGAGGUGGGACGCGUAAUCGGUGACGGCAACUUUGCAGUGGUCAAGGAAUGCUUGAACAGGAGCAGCAAGAAUGAAUUUGCACUCAAAAUCAUAAAUAAGAGGAAAUGCAUUGGAAAGGAGAAAAUGAUUCAGAGUGAAGUGUCCAUCCUGCGCCAGGUCCAACACCCUAACAUCAUCCGACUGAUUGAGGAGUUUGACACUCCGUCUGAGUUAUUCCUAGUCAUGGAGUUGGUUAAGGGUGGGGAUCUGUUUGACGCUAUCACCUCUGCCACCAAGUACACAGAGCGAGAUGCAGGCUGCAUGGUCCACAAUCUGUGCAGUGCCCUGAAAUACUUGCAUUCCAUGAACAUAGUUCACCGGGACAUCAAGCCAGAGAAUCUCCUGGUGUGUGAACAUGAGGACGGGACCAAGUCACUGAAGCUGGGAGACUUUGGGCUGGCGACCAAAGUUACUGGGCCACUGCGCACGGUGUGUGGGACACCAACUUAUGUGGCCCCUGAGAUUAUUCUAGAGACAGGGUAUGGUUUGAAGGUUGAUGUUUGGGCUGCUGGGGUUAUCACUUAUAUCUUACUUUGUGGAUUUCCACCAUUCAGAAGUGAGACAAAUGACCAGGAGGAGUUGUUUGACCACAUCAUCGCUGGUGAGUUCCAGUUUAUCUCCCCCUACUGGGAUUCUAUCUCAGAAGUAGCCAAAGACCUGAUUUCCUGCAUGCUGGAAGUGGAUGUCGACAGACGAUUCUCAGCCACUCAAGUCAUGGAUCACCCCUGGGUGGUUAGUGAUGACGGUGGGGUUCAACAGCAGAUUGAUGUCUCUGACAAGCUCAAUACGCAUUUUAAGAUCAAGCCAAAGCAGUCCAUCAAAGCCGCUGGCAUUGCACUUAUUGCUGCCACUGCUCUGGACAAGGAUGGCAAGUUCUUCCAGGGACGUCGACCUAGAGAGGGCGCUGAUGGAGCAGAACACACCUCAGAUGAUGAUGAGUACACUUACUGAAGAAGUAUCAUCAUGGUAACACCAAAUGAUGACUUUCAGUUUAGGGAUACAAGGGAUAAUUUGGGGGUAAUUCGGGGAAGAGACAUUAAAAACCUUGCAGUGAGAUUGUGCAACACCAUGUCAAAAAUAUCAACAUGUAACAAAUCAUUGAAAUAGAUACCAAAAAUUAACACAUUUUUGCAUGGAACAUCUUGCAACAUCUCCCGUUGCCACCAAAGCUUAUACUGUCUUGUAAUGAAAUUGUGUGAAUGUUUGCAAAAAGUGUUACAGACCUUGCAUCAAAGUUGUGCUUUAUUUGCUGACAGCAGAAUUUCAAUUAAGGCAUUCCAUUUGCAAACGUUCAUAUAUCAAAUAAAAUGCUCAUAAUUAAAAAUCAAUCAUCCCCCAGAAAGGAGAACAACGUUAUUUAAUUUAGAGAAACUUGCUGUUUUUUUUUAACUUAUAAUAUUCACAGUCAAUUGAAAACAGCAUUAACAACAAUACCAAAACACAAAGUUCUAAACAUUUUUGUAAUUUGACUUCAGGUGUUUUUUAGGCAUUUUAUUCAAUGAAAUAUAUUUUCCUCCAAAAGGCAAUCAUUGGAGAAAUCUAAUAAAUAACUUUAACAAGAACAGUAUUUCACAUAAUGCGCACUGUGCAAUAUUUUGACCAAGUAAAACAUUUUCCUCAAUGUAGUUAAUAUUUUACAUGUAACUGUGCAAAAGCAGCAAGGUCUUUGUUAAUUUAAUUAUAAAAAAAUGUGCAAUUUGACUAACACUGUAUAUAUCAUUAAGUAACUGCUACAAAAUAUGUUUCAACUUCAACUGAAUAAUUUUUCAUAUACGUAUACGUAAAGUGAUAAAUUUCAUGUCUCAAGACUGCAGUCAACAUGUACAUGUAUUAAAAUUAAUGUGAAAAAGGAUAAGUGGUUUUUAAUUUCGUAUUGCUGAUUUCAAUAACAUUGUCCUUAUUGUUUUUAAUAUUAAGAGCAUCAUUAUGUGUUUUGUUUCUUUUGUCUAAUUUCAGUAAUAUGUUGAAAUUACAAAGAACAUAUGGUUUGCAUUUUUAACAGUUCUUAGUAAUUUUCAGCCAAUUGUAUCCACACGGGAAAAAAGAGUUCACUUUGCUAAUGUUUUUUUAAAUUUUAAAUGAAGUACUCUUGUUCUGCAGCUGUUUUUCACACUUCGUUUUUUCUCUAAUUUACGCUUACAAUUAUGUAUACCUAAACCUUUAUCAUCAGGGAAAUGGAGUGACAGUUCUCGUGGUUUUGAGUGAUAGCCGUCUUCUGAUAUUUAUUGGCCAUUUCUAACUCAGCAGUUGCAUUUUAUAUGUAUAUCACCUAAGGAUUAGAUUCACUUUUGUCUGCACCCUUAGCUACAAUCACUUCACCGUUUGAAAUUUGAUACCGUGAACACUGAGUACAAUUAUUGGAUUGCUAUGUUGAACAAGUUUGCCAAAGAUUUGUUGGAUUUUGGUUUCCCACCGAUUAUAGGAAGGUCAUAGUCAUGACGGUCCGGGGGUUGAGAUGAGGGCUAUGCAAGUACUGAAAAAAUUCACGCUUUUGCUUCCUUUUAACAAAAAGAAGUAUUUGUAAUUUAUUGGAUGUAGAUGUUCCUCCAUCAUUGCACAGAUUGCUAAGCAUGAUGCAUGUAAAGUCAGACAGUUACGUAAAAAAUGAUGCGUGAUUGGGCUGAGGGGCUGUGUUCUCUCAACGGCAAGAGUGAAACUUACUCUCAAAAAGAGUGAGUCUUGUUUAAAUCCACUCAGAAAGUGAAAACCACUCAAAGAGAAAAGCCAUAUAAGGGACAACUUUUUUUCAGUUGUGCCUUAUUAUGCUCCUUGGAAGAGAGGAAAUUUCACUUUUGUAGAUUGGCCUUUUUUUAGAGUGGUUUUUCGGAUUCACCCUUUUGAGGGUGAUUUAUUCACUCUUUUGCAUUUAGAGACCACUAAGGCAAGAAAAACAUUGAAUCCAUGCUCACAUAUAAUCUUUUUAAUAGGCAUCCAACAUGUUUAUUGUAAGAUUGCAAAAUUUGGAAGCUUUCUAAACGUCAUCAUUCCAUAAUCGGAGUGCGCUCUCCAGAAUUCGGUUUGCAAAAAUGGCUAAAGUGACACGUCCAGUCCCUCACAGUGCCAACUUUGAACAAUGCUAAAUUUGAACAAACUUUAUCUAAUGAUGAUGUAGCCUACUUGAUUUUAAUACUUUCCAAAUGACCAUGGACAAAGGUGUACAUACUUACUUUAUAUGUCGCAAUCACUGCCAGACCUGUAACUUUGGUACACGUAAUUUGCAUCAGUGGUUUGGACUUGUGCUUGAUUUUAGGCUGUGCAAGUGUUCAAUGUGAGUGGUACUGUAAAGCUCUUUAGAGAAUUAUAAGUAUAGUUUCGUUAGUUGGUACAGAAGCAGCAGAACAUCCCGUGGUUUGUAUCUGUGUUUCAGUAGUUUUCAAGUGCAAUAAAGCUGUGUAUGAAAUAAAAACCA